UCCUGCUCUGAUGACGCGUGUUUCUGUGGUUUCACAUCCAAAGAGCAGGGUACGGAGGAAGUGGUUAUCAUGUUUCAUAUUUUCAUGUCGGUGUAAAGGUGAUUGAUCUUCGGUUGUCAUCUUCGAUCAGAGAUUUCCCCUCAUCCCUCUGCAGGCCGGUUGCUAUGGUAACCUUGUCUCCCGCCGCUGGCCGCGCGCCGCAGUGAAGAGCGGAGGGAGACACCGAGGAGGAUGAGGAGGAGACGGUGAGUCACCGACACCGAGACCGACUCCCGUCCUUCCAGCGACCAGCACACCGGAGAUAGCUUAUUGGCCUGCUAGCAUCCCCUCUAGUCCCAGCAGAGCUCAAGACCACCGGCUGUUCACGAGGCGGAUGACGGUAAACCUCCGCAGUGUUGCUUCAACUGAGACCACAGCAUCAUCAGGGCUCCACGACCGCAGUGGAGACUACAGCAACCACAUCCAGGUGCAGCAACCGGACUGUGACUGCAGUCUGACACAGACUGUGCAGAAACUGUUGAUUUUUAUUUGCCACCAUGUUUCUCCUUCUGAGAGAGUAGAGAGCAGCUCAGCAACCAUCACCACCAGUGUGUGAGAAGACAGCAGUCCCAUCUGCAUUUCAGCGACGGUCAUCCUGCUACGGUCACCACACAGCAGGGAAGUAUGGAGGCUCUGAAGGCUGAUUUGUACUUCUGCAUCGACUCGACGGCUUAGCCUACGCUGAGGGUCCGCGUAGCUCCCUACGCAGAGGCCUACAUAGCUGCCAUGCACCUCCUCCAAAAUGUCUUCAGGUUGGACAGAUGGACAUCCUCUCAGGCUGUCACACUGAUCAGCUGAUCUGGAGUCAGUCAGUUGAAGGCCUCAGAUCCAGUUAAGCCCCGCCAACCAAAGCCCCUCCCUGCUGGUUCAGGAGAAGACAACAGCCAAUAAGAUGAACCAGCUAAAGGAGGCAGAGCCUGUCCGGGGGAUCGAAGGCAAGGUGCAGACCUGGGCACAGUCUCUGGUUUACACUCUGGAGGAACUUGAGUGUAAAAUCUGCUACAACCGCUACGACACUCGCAGCAGGAAACCCAAACUCCUGGGCUGUCUGCACAGAGUCUGUGCCAAGUGUCUGAAGAAGAUGGUCGACAUGGGAGAGGCCUCACCUGUCAUCAGCUGUCCAUUCUGUCGCUACAAGACACACGUCCCUGACGAAGAGGUGUGGCUGAUGGAGGACGACCGACACAUCCUGGCUGUUCUGUCGUGUCAGGAUCGAGCCCGUCGAGGUGGAGGAGGAGGAGGAGGAGGAGGAGGAGGAGGAGGAGGAGGGGGAGAAGGCGGAGGGGAGGUGGUGCUUAGUCCAAACAGUCUCACCGGUAAAAUAAUGCAAGGAGGCAUUGCAGACCCAUCUCACCGCUCCUCAGACUGUCUGGUCAUCACUAUCAUGGAGCUCCCUGAGGAGUCUCCGUCCUCUGACUCACUGAGCAUGCUCAACGUUGUCGGUCUGUACCGCCCCCCCAGCCUCGACUCUCUGCCCUGCAACCUGCCAUCUCAGAAGUGUCGUGCCUGGACGUCCCGCAGCUUCCCCCGCUGCCUGCUGGGGGCGCUCUGCCUGGUGUACUUCAGCUCUCUGCCUCUGGGGAUUUACCUGCUGAUGAUUGGUCAGCUGUGGUUGGGGGUGGUCCUGGUCAGUCUGGUCCCCUCCACGCUGCUGCUGCUCGUCCUCUAUGGUUUCUGUCAGUGUCUGUGCCACGAGCUGAUGGAGGCGCUCGCUGCACGCUCACACCCGCUGCCAUGACAACAAGACAAUUCACAUUGUUGUCAAUACAUCACACCAUACACUGCCAUGACAACAAGAUGAUGCAUGCUGCCAUAAUGACGAGACACUGUAGACGACUAGGACGACAACACGAGCUGCCAUAACGAAAACAAGACGACACAUGCUGCUAUGAAAACGACACACAGCAAAAAAGCAACGUUAAGACGACUGUUUUUCCUGCAGACACCUGAACAUAUCUCGCACCAAAGUCCAGUCCUCCCCAUACAGAUUCUUUGUUUUCAUGUAGAAUCUGUUCAGAGAGAAAAUAAUCAAAAACUCAUCAUCAGUGGAAUCAGAGGAACACAACCAGGAAAACAAGACCCUAACCUGCAGACGGACCCUUCAGACACUGACUCACCUGUCGACUCUGACCCCACCUUAUCUGAAUACCAGCAUCACUCCCUCCUCCCUCUGUGAAGCUACAGCCAAUCCCAGCUGGAUCAGGUGAUGACGUCAUCACAGAGAGGAGGCGGGGUCUGUUUUCAUUCAUGUCUAUAGUGUAUUACUGUGAAGGAUUGUUUUUCUCUUUGUUGCCUCCUGCUGGUCAAACUAAUUACAAAGAUUUUAUUUUAUAUUCAGAAACAACAGGAUGUGAUGUCAUAGGACACCGGUCAGCCAAUCAGAGAGGCUGUUGCAGACUGUUGCACAGACUGUACAGUUGUUAACCAUGAUGGAAAGAAGAAGUGAAACUCCUGGGUGUGAUCAAUCUGUGUGAGUGUGUUACUCGUCUGUGUCCACACUAAUACCAGUUAAACCCUCUGUUUUCUGUUUCCUCUAAAGCCUGACCAUCCAGUAUGAGGAGAAGUCUGGGACUGUUGCCUUGGAUUAGCACAAAGACCAGAAGCAGGAGUAAAUCACCAGCUCCUUUAAAACAUGAUGCUAAUUCAUGAUGAGCUAGCCUAACCUUUGCAUUAACACAACCAAUGUAAAGAUCAAGACAGAGUUAUAGCGAUUAAGACAGCUCAUAGAUUAUUCCAGACUAAGAGGACAGAAAGUCUUAAAUUAGUCCCUGUUGUGUUUGUUGUUUGUUUUUGUGUGCAGCUAUCUGAGUGAUGAAGACCAGAUAAAUAUAGCAAAAUGUCCUCCUGCUUUAAGUCUUUAUGCUAAGCUAGGCUAACAGAAGUCACCCCCUAAAACAGAGAUGUUGAUCUGAUAAAUGUUGAACUGUGCUAUAAAAAGUGCCAUUGUUUGAUGUAAUGUUUGACAAAUGAAUGGUGUUGUGGAGGAGCAGGAAGAGGAGGAGUAUCAGGUGACACCAACUGAUGGUCAGAUCACCUGCUGCAGAUGUCGUGUCAUGUGUUUGUUUGAAAUCUAGUAACAUCAAAUAAAAUACAGAUGCACCG